AUGAGGAUCGCUUGGCUCGCGUUGGUGCUGUCGGCGACGGCGGAAACGGCAACGGAGGGACCAGCGUUGGACAAAGUGCUGUCCAUCAAGGGCGGUUCGGUGGAAAAUCUUACCUCGCAGAUCACCAAGCUCAGCAACCAGGUGCUCAAUGCCAACUCGAACUACAUGAUCCCUGGCACCCCGGAGGUGGAGAAGGUGGCCAAGAAGCUGGAGGUGCUGGUCGGCCAGGCGGCCCAAAGCGGCAGCAAGCUGGCGGCGGACGUGCUCACUGACUCUACCAAGGCGGCGGGCGCCACAGCGGCCUACGAGAUGGCGAAGCUGGCGAGCGCUGCCGCCUGCCAAGACACCACCGCCUGCUCCGCCGCGGCCCAGCAGGUGGCGGAUACGCAAUCGCAGCUCCUGCGAGCGGCGGCGCAGUUCAAAGGUCUGUCCCGCAUCGUGGGGCCCCAGGCUGACAAGGGCACCAAGCAGGAGCAAGACCAGUACUAUGCUCUCGCAGCGCAGAUCCCCCAGCUCUCCACAAAUCAGGCCAACGCGACAAUGCAUGCGACCAGGUUGUGCGGCGAGAAGAAGACUCCUUGCCAAGUGGCAUUGAACACCACCGUAACGGCACUGCAUGACGAGCUGCAAGCCCAAGACAAUCUCCUUGCGAGCAAAGACACCGCAUCUGAGCUGUCGAUGGUAGUGAAGCGGGCUGAGGAGCUGUUAAGGCCUCUGGAGAUGAAGGACUUGCGCCUCUUCGAGUUGCGACGAACAGCUUCUAUGCACUCCUACCCGGCCUUCGCAGUGCUCGGCGCUGGCGCUCUCUUCGUGCUGGCCGCUGGCGCGGUGCUGCUGCGGAAGCACCGAACCAGCCGCACGCGUGCGGGGGAGGUGCUGCUGGCUGAGGAGUGA